UUAUUAAAUAAUACGUUAUUUCAAAUAUUUAAUAUUUCAGAUAGUGUUAAUUCGUUCAUGUUUCAUAUUCAUAAUUCAAACUCCUAAAACUGUAUUCAUAUCUCUCCAGGUUUGCCCUGAAGCAGAUGCGCUGGAGUAUCGAUUUCCGUGUUUUCAUAGCCAGUCAUUGCUUUCUAUCAUUUUACAUAUGUAUAGCAAAUUCAUCAGUCGGUAAAUCAUUAACCGGAGAAAAUUAAUUAUAAAUUUUUAGGAUCAUGUUAAAUUUCUAUCUUUGGUCACCAUAAAUUAUCGAAGAUCAUGCGAAUUACAAUAAAAUCUGUAUGUCCAAUCUAAGUCGAGAAGUUUCAUAAGGAAAUGUUAGUAAAUUGUACUACGAGAAAUACUGGCCCUAUACCAGCGUAUGGUACAACGAGGUAUAGUGGAGUAAUUAAUUUGGAGGAAAAUGGCAAUAAAUACUUUAUCAAUUCUCCACGCAACGCGCAUAUUGGACUUUUACCGCCAUGCACGAAGACAGAUAAGUGGUCAAAGAAAUCGAGAAACAAUAAAACUAUAAGAAAGGAAGACGGCGUGUGCAGAAAUUCCACAGAAUCUACUACUCUAUCAAUUUGUGGAACCAUCAGGAAAGAAAGCAGUCAUUGUACAUGUAAGGACGAAGCGUCAUGUAUCUGCUUAGAAAACGAAAGAAAAUUAAAAUCACUGAGCGAAGACUGUUCAGAUUGUUGCACGAAUUGGAAAGAAAUUCAAAAAUUGACAGAUACUUCUGAAACGAAAUUAACAGAUUCAUUCGAGAAACUGCUUAAUUGUGUAGAAAAUAGUGGAGACACAAGCAUGUAUCUAGAUCUAUUUGAACCUCAUCCUAGAGAAGAGCAACGAAUAAAAGGAAAAGAUUCGGUACCGCUUGGAUACGAUAUGACUUUAAUUCUUCCGCAAUGUGUUUGCUUAAAAAAUUAUCAAGAAACCAAACAAAUCGAAAAUGAAAGUGAAGAUACUAUUCGUGAUGAAAAAUCUGAAACUAUAAAUGACUUAAUAUGUGCGCCUAGUAUUAUAGACCUUUCGUGGAAUAUAAUGCAAUCUGGAAUGAUUGAGAAAAUACCAGAGAAAUACACAACCAAUAUUUUUGAGAAUGAAAAGAAAGAGCCAAUAGGUACAGAAGUAUGUUCUAAUGUCCAAACAAACGUAUGUACAGAAGGAAAUUCUCAAACAACAUACUGUUUGCAUAAAGCAUUUUUGGAAAAGAUAAAUAAAUCAUAUUUUUCGAUGUAAUUGAUAUGAACAGUUUAUGUAUAACAUAAAAUAUUAAUAAUGUUAUUUAUAAAAUAAUAUUUUGCAUUGAGAUAAUUAUUUGGUAAGGUAAAGAACUAUGUAUAUAAUACGCACAUGUAUAUGUUAGUAUGCAUAUUAUACAUAGGAUACGCUAUAUAGUAACGCUUUUACAAAACGGAACAAAUGAUUUAUUUAUUAUAAUAUAUUAUUAAUAUAUAUAUUAUUCAUCAAAUACGUAUCCAUGAAAACCAUUCAAUUUUUAUGUUUUGAUAAUAUCUCGAUACAUAUCCUCUGAAAUCACUGUUGAAAUUACUCUUGAGAUCAAUUUAAAUGUGACACUCUGUAUAAAUGAAGCCAACAGCGAUUGGGCUGCCGCAGUUUAAAGCGAUUAUUUGAGUUCUAUCCUCAGUGAAGCGGUUUUUAAG